CUUGGAGCAUUAGCUAGAUCUAAUCACAAAGGCAUAUUGAGCAAACGAAAAUCGCAAGGGGAUCAGAAAACUGAAAUCUACAACUAUGGUAAGCGGUCUUACUGCCUGUGAUUGAAGAAUCUGUUACCAACUGUCCAACAUGCCUGGUGCCCUCUAAUCACUGAAGCUCUGUGGUGAACUCUAGCUUGGCAUAGUGCCCUCUUUACAAACUCUUUGCAGGAUGGAAACUGAAGCAGAGGUGAUCCCCAUUUGGCAGAAUAAACCUCAUGGAUCAACUCGUAGUGUGGUGAGAAGGAUCGGCUCCACGCUGCCCUUAAAGCCAUGCCCCCGGGCCUGUUUCCAGGAGCUACCUGGCCUCCCGCCACGGCAGCCCAUGGAUGGCCCAAUGGUUCCCACAUUGGCAGAUAUUGCCUGGAUUGCUGCGGAUGAGGAGGAGACCUACGCCCGAGUUAGGAGUGACACACGGCCCUUUAGGCACGAGUGGAGGCCAACACCCCUCUUAGUAUUGCACAGAAACUCAUCCGUGCCCAACUUCCGUCGUGAAGGCAAGAGAGUGGAGGGCCUGAAGAAACCAGGGUUGACUGCACUGAACCGCACCACCGCCCUGCAGGAUGAGCUUAGCAGACUGAGGGCCCAGAUCGCCAAAAUCAUCUCAGCAGAUUCAGGUUCAAACCCCUUGACCCCUGACAUUUUAUCUCCGGAUGACACCACCGUGGAUUUCUCCAUGGCCCACUUUGAAAUGGCAGCUUAUCAGCAUGCGCCUGUUACCGCCUCCUUCGUCAUCAGCGAUGUGACUGAGGAGGAGGAAGAAGUAGAGGAAGACGAAGAGGAGGAAGUAUCGGAGUUAGCGCCUGAUCCUGUACCACCAGUUUCCAUGACCGCUUCUGCGACUUUUGACCUGGACCGUCCCAGCAUGGACUUCCGGGAGGCAGAAGAGGACACGGUGUCACUGUCAAAGUCCACCAGUUUUGCAGACGUCACAGACAUCCUUAGAGACAUGAAUCGCAUGAAGAUGAGCAAAGACAGGUAUAACCGUGGUUGCACCUCUCUGAGGGAGGAAGAUUCUGCUUCACUCAUCUCUGAAGCUCUGAGAAAGAAGUUUACUCUGAAAGCCGAGGACAUUGGAAGCGUAAAGAAGUAGUCGUCUGUGUAUCACCCACCAGACCCAUUUUUCCGUGCCUGUGCCCGUGGACCGUGUGGCCAAGGAGAUCCAAUUAUUCCCCAUCCGCAGCAACAGCAACAGUACCCCAGAGAUCUAUUCCACCCGCUCACACAAGGCCACCCAGCACUGUCUAGGCUCAAAGGAAGAGGAAUGGCUCUCCUGCUUGCCUGGUGCACUCUAUGGAUACCCAUGUGCUCUUCACGUUUCCUUUAUCAGCAUCAGCAAUCAAUAUGACUGAGUGUAUGCAUGAGUGUAUGUCUGAAUUUAUGUUUUUCCAUUAGUUUUCAUGCUGCCAACAGUUAAAUGAAUGAUAGGUCAGUGUUAUUUUAUUCAUAUUGCAGUGUCCCCUUUCCAUCUCAAUUAAUGCCUUGCUCUUUCAGUUUUCUUCUUUUCGUGGUCUGAGUAGGAUGACCAUAGUAUCAAGGAGCCUGUAAGAUCUCUUCUGUUUCUCUAGUACUCCAUGUGCUCCCGCCCCUCUCGAG